AUGCCUCUUGAUACCAGGCAACAGAAAUGGUUGCCACUGGGCUUAAAUCCUCAAGCUUGCUUCCAGGACAAAGCUACUGAAUCUUCCCGUCCGGAGCUCGGGAAAGUAUAUGCAUCUGAGCAUCAGUUUAGCUAUCUGAAGCCACCGUUCCAGGCCUUACCCUCCAGUUAUGAUCAGCAAGUUUCAUGUUUGAAGGAGCGGUCUAGCUGCGAUGCUGCUCCAGAGAAGGCACUCAACUCUUCUCAGAAAAGAUUUCUAGUAUUCGAUCAGUCAGGAAAUCAGACUCGCUUGUUGCAAUGUGAAUUUCCUCUACGGUUUCCUUCUUCUAUGGCUGCAGAGGAAGGGAAAGUUCUUGGUUCCCUAAACCUAGAGAAAGGGUUGAGUAAAGAUCAUGAUGUCAUUGAAGAUCAUGUUAAUGGGGAAGAAGGAGAAGAGUCAGAAAUGCACGAAGACACUGAGGAAAUCAACGCACUGCUGUAUUCUGAUGAUGAUGAUUGGGGGAGUGAUGAUGAUGAUGAUGAUGAUGAUGAAGUAAUGAGCACUGGUCACUCUCCAUUCCCAGUUGAACAACAAGCGUGCAACAAAACAACAGAAGAUGUGAAUGAGACUGCUGAAAGCAGUGAUGAUGGUCCACGUCGUAAAAGGCCAAAACUACUGGACCAUUCAUAUAGAGACUUAUCAACAUCCUUGGUGGGCACCAAGAGUUUCACUAAACUAGAAGGCUCAUCAGAUGAAAAGUCCAACAUCUCAUGCAAACAGGAGACAGGUUCUGGUCUGAGCGACGAGCAGUCAAGAAAAGACAAGAUCCACACUGCUCUGAGAAUCCUGGAGAGUGUAGUUCCAGGGGCAAAGGGGAAAGAAGCUCUUUUACUGCUAGACGAAGCUAUUGAUUACCUCAAGUUGCUGAAGCGAAACUUAACCUCAUCAAAAGGCUUAAACACACAUUGGUGA